AUGAAGUGGGAGAACAACAAGACAAAACACCCCCAGCUGAUUUAUGAAGCCAAGUUGUAUAAGAUUCUGCAGGCAGGAAGUGGUAUUGCAAACACAAGAUGGUCUGGGGUUGAUGGAGAUGACAAUGUUCUCAUCCUUGAUCUUCUAGGACCAAGUCUUGAAGACCUUUUUGUAUAUUGUGGGAGGAAAUUUUCACUGAAAACAGUUUUUAAUGCUGGCUGA